ACGACGACCAGGAAACUAUUAAUCUUACUGAUGAUUCUAGUGCAAUAAAUAAUUCUAAAAAAUCAAAUGCAACAAAACAAAGUACGUUGUCCAUGGGUCAUGAUGCUUCAACAACAUCUGUUAAUCAAAAUGAGUCACGUAUACGUGUCAGAAAUUGGUUGAUGAUGGCAGAUCAAUCGAUUUUAGAAAAGUCAAUUCAGGAUACCGUUGGUUCAGAUAAGCUUACAACUAGUAAUGCAAUAACUAACGUACCCACUAACAAAACAUUACCCGUCUCAUCAAGUAAUUCAAUAAAUUCAAGCACCAUCAACAGCACCUCUGGAUUACCAGUUAUUGAUCCCAAUACCCAAACAAUGACACGUAUUGGAAGUAUUGGUCGUACUACGAUUGCUUGCAUUACCCCAGCCGGAGUAGGUACACAAGGUGGUGCACAUCCUUUAAAAAAUGGUAUUGGGGUCUCAGCUGCAGCAUUAGCUGCUGCGGGUGUUGAGCUUGAUCCAAUCGAUGAAUCAAUGACGGAAGUAAUUGUGAAAAUUGAAAAUUCAAAUUGUUCUGUUAAUGAUGAAGAAGAUGAAGAAGAGCAUACUGAAGAUGAAAAUGAAGAUAACGAUUAUACUUAUGAUCUUAAAUUAUCUAGUCCAAUGUCUUGGGCUUUUGAUACUGUUAAAGUCGAAAAUGAGGAAUUUGAGGAUAUAAUGUUAACUGAACAGGAUAAUAAUACCGAAGAUGAUGAUGAUUUAUUAACCACAGCUGCCGCAACAACAAAACAAGCGGCUGAAACUUCAAUGGUUGAAACUAGAGAUUCACGUAAACGAUGUGGUACAAAUAACGUUUUGGCUAGCAAUCGCUCAAAAAAACGUAGUCUAAGCAAUCAUCAACAAAAUCAAGUAGUGCAACAACAGCAACAACAACAACUCUUAGAACAACAACAGCAUUUGCAACAUUUACAAUUGCAACCAAAUCCCCAUAGCCUUCAAAUAAAAUUGUCCACAAUUCCAGCUACCAUAACAUCAAUUACUCCGAAACCUUCCACGAGCACCAUCCUCACGAGUACCACUAAUAAUGCGCACACAAGUACAAAAAUGGCAGAUUUUCAAUCAGUAGUAUCCGACGAUAAACGCUACCGCAUAUUAAUUCAAAAUCAACGUACUCGAAAAGAGUCAUUAGAACACUCCGAAGAUAUGAUUUACAAUUCAGAUAUUGAAAAACCAUGGGUUUGCCGCAACUGUAAUCGUAAUUACAAAUGGAAAAAUAGUCUGAAAUGCCAUCUGAAGAAUGAGUGCGGGCAACCGCCACGCUACUUCUGCAGCAAAUUAUGUGGGUAUGCGACAAAUGUCCACAGCAAUCUUAAACGUCAUUUGAAUACAAAAUGUCGGGAUCGAAUUGAUGAAGACCAAAAGUCCACAAAUAACAAUAGCAACAAUACGUAUACCGUGGUUAUGCAAAAAAAUGAAUAAAAUAAUAAGAUUAAUAACAAUUAUCCAUAAAUGCAAAGACUAGAAAAAAUUUGUGUAAAAAUACUAUAUAUGCUUAUACUAAGAUAUUAAUUAGAUCUCUUAAGUGUUUAUCAAGGAUCUAAAAGCUUUGGUAGUAAGUAAAUUAUAUUUUAACUUGGACUAUUGCUUUUUUAA